UUCCCUCUCUUUAGUCUAUCUGAACCAAAAUGGCCAGAGAUCGAGACGACACUCACGAAGGAGACGACGAAGUUCCACCAUCGAAGAUGAAAUCGAAAUACAAGUCGCGAGAAAGUUCCGAUUCAGAAUCCGAAGGUGACAGAAAACACGUAAAAAUCGAUAAACGAAAGCGGAAAUCAGGAAAACGACGCCGUAGCAGAAGCGACGAAGAUUCAGAUUCAGAGUCAGAAUAUUCUUCUUCCUCGUCCGAGUACUCGGAGUCGGAGUCGGAAUCUCAGCCGGAGUCGGAGAGCGAAGAGGAGAAGAGGAGAAGGAAGAGAAAGGAGAGGAAGAGAAGAAGAGAAAAGGAAGAGGAGAGAGAAAGGAAACGAAGGAAGAGAGAGAAAGAAAAGAGGAAGAGAGAGAAAGAAAAGAAAGAGAAGAGAAAGAAGAAAAAGAAGGAGAAGCUGGAGAGAGGUAAGAGAGGAGCUGUAACGAAUUCUUGGGGCAAAUAUGGAAUUAUCAGAGAAACAGAUAUGUGGAAUAAGAGGCCUGAGUUCACAGCAUGGCUAGCAGAAGUGAGACAGGUGAACCUGGAAAGUUUGCCGAACUGGGAAGAGAAGCAAAUGUUCAAACAAUUCAUGGAGGAUCACAACACAGCUACCUUUCCUUCCAAAAAGUAUUAUAACCUUGAUGCUUAUCACAAACGCCAAAUGGAAAAAGAAUUCAUGAAGGGUUUUAAAAAGGUCUCACAAAAGGAACGUACUAUAUUCAAUGAUGAAGAACAGCGUCGAUUGGAAUUGCAGCAAGCUCGUGAAAAGCAAAAGGAAGAAGAGGUGGAAGCUUUAAAGCGCUCUAUGCAGAGUGGAAUGGCACAAGCAAUGAAAGAGCAAGCUCAGCUCAGGGAAGAGAUGGCUUAUCAAUACAAACUUGGCAACUUUGAGGCUGCAGCUGCUAUUCAGAGAAGAUUGGACCCAGAUGUUGCCAUGUAAGAUGGUUAGCUAUAUUGUCGGGAGUUUACUGCUUACAGGUUGUGUUUAAAUACAGAGUUCUACACUACCAAGAUCCAUGAAAUCUUUUUGUGCUCAUAUCCUCCAUUUAAGAGACCAGCAGAUUGAUGCUGUGUUCUAGGUUUGAACCAUCUUGUGACUUUGGUUUCUCCUCUAUAGCAUGUUUGCAGAUUCAUAGGCAUAGACAUUUCUACUGCUAUUCAUAUACUAAAUUAUUAGUAUCAAGUUAUUUUUUAUGAUUAAACAAGAGAGUUAAGUAGUGAGCAAUGGUGAGACGAGAUGGCGGAAGAUAUCAGAGAUGUCUCAAAUUUUCCUUGGUGUAUUGUUUUGGCGGUUAAUGCACUAGUACUGUAGGUAGUUAUUAAAUCAAUUACUCUUGUGUUCUCUUCUAUAUAUGAGCUGCUUUAGCAUAAUUAUUAUACUCCGAUAGUAUUUCAUAAUGGAGUAUAAACAAUUUUUCACAGGUUACAAGUUC